UGGUGGACCAGGGAUAAGGGUGAGGGUCAGUGUCUGUGGAGAAAGGGGUUCCGUUAGAAUUUUCGCUCUGGGGCAUGAGGGAUCUGCGGGGUAAGGCGCACAGAGCCGUAAGGAGGCGCCGUAAGGCCCGCGGCCAGGGCGCCCGAGUCCAGGCCCGGGUCCACGGGUGGUCGCACCUGGACCCGGGGAGCAGAGGGGCACAGAUGCUGCGAGAAAAAUUGUGGGUGCCCUGGAACGGGCUCAUUGUGAUCGGGAAGAGAAUGGAGCUCCUGGGUAGAAAUACACAAAAGCCUAGGAUGUGUGACCCAAAGCUUGACUCUGAGUACUGGGGACGAGAAGAUGUGGAAAAAAUGGUCUUGAAAGCGAAGUCAGGCCAAAGUCAGGAAAGGAUGGAUGUGAAGCUACUGCACAGUGUAGCAAGUGCAUUAUGGGCUUCAGCAGGUUUGGGGAAAAACAGCCCAAAGGAGAUGGGGGGAAAGCAAGAAAUUAGAGGCAAAAUAGGCGCUGAAUCCGAGAGUGCAGGGACUACAGCAGGGUCUAGGAGGGGGUCUGGUUUAAAAGAGAGGUUGAAAUUUACUGGGGUGGGGACCAGAGGAGAGGACUUGAGAUCCAGACCACAUGCACGAGGGCAGAAUGAGGAGGAGCUGAGGUCAAGUGGAGAGAAGCUGAGUGGAGAGAAGCUGAGAUCAAGUGGAGAAAAGCUGAGGUCAAGUAGAGAAAAGCUGAGGUCAAGUGGAGAGAAGCUGACAUCAAGUGGUGAGAAGCUGAGCCUGAGUGAAGAGAACCUGAGGUCAAGUGGAGAGAAGGGGGCAUCCAGGGGAGAGAAGCUGAGAAGUAGUGGAGAGGAUUUGAGAUCCACUGGAGAUAAAUUGCAGUCAAGUGCAGAGAAGCUAGAGGGUUCAGGAAUGGAGAGCAUAACUGAAGAGACAACUGAAAGAAUGGUAGAAGUUACUGGUGAUAAAAAAUGGAUUAAAGUUCCUGAUGCUGAGAUGGAAAAUCCUUUUGAAAAGGUGGAAGGAAGUGAUGAAGAGUGAUGAAGAGCUAGAAGGGACUGAGGAAGCAGUGGGAGUUGAGGAUGUCUUGGGUGGAGUGAAUGAUAUUGCUGAUGAAUCUGUUUCUAUGGAAGAGAAAGAGGUUAUAGAUGAAGGUAAUGGUGAAUGAGGCAGAUGAAGGACUGAAGCUAAUGAAGGAAAGAGAGGCAGAUAGAGGGUGUUGCAAGUCAAGGAGGAGAAAUUAGAGCCAAGCAGAGCAUUAUUGACCCUGAAGAGGUAAAUAUGAGAGAGGUAAGGAGAGCAUGGGGAUGAAGAAUUUGCAAGGAUGAAGGUGGAGGCUAGGGCCAAAGGAAAUGAAGAAGAAUGAGAAGGAGGGAAAUGGGAACAUUUUGAGGAGAUAGAAAGGAUCUGAUAAUGUGUUGCUAUGUCGAGGAAAGGUGGAGAUUUUUUUCUUGGAGAAGAGCUGUGACUGAAGGGCUUGUUGGGAAAUGUUUGAGAAAUGGAUUUGGGAGGGGCUAGAGGAUUUAGUUUAAUGUGUGGUUGGUUUAUAAGUUAGAGAAGAAUGCAUAGUGAGAAAAAUGGGGAAUUACAGCAGGAUAAAGGGUAAAUAAUGAAGGUUGUGAAGGAAGAUGCAAGCUGGAGCAAGGAAAGAAAACUUCUGAGAGGAUCCUGAAGAGGAAUGAGGGGCUCCAAAGUGACACAAGCAAGAGAAAAGAAAGAAGUGAAGAAAAAAGAUCUCUGCCUUCCCAAGAUCAUCUACUCUUAGCCUCCUUUGGUGAAUCUCAGAGCACUGAGAAAUUGUUGCCUCUUUGAUAGGAGGCUUACACAGGCAUGACAUCAAGACAGCUGUGUGAGUCUCUCAGAUGGCACUGCACAGCAUAUAAAUCAUGAACCAAAUAACCAGACUCGUUCUUUGGCUGGAUUACAUGUUCUCCUGGGAUAUCAGAAUCGUUCAACUGAGGCCACAGAAAGAAGUAGUGAAGAUCAAGACACCACGACAAAUCACAGCCACCUUAGGCUGCUCCUGACUCAGGAUCUCUAGGACCAAAAAUCUACCCCGUUAGUCACAGACAUUGAGUUUCAGAAAGAUACGGUGUCUUCCUCAGGGUCAACUGGUAGACCAAGAUUCACUCAUCCUCUGACUGCAAAUCCUCUGGGCUUUCUCUACAAGCAUGGGUCCCCUAGAGAUUUCAGAGCUUCGCUUUCCUCAUCUGGACAGACAGCAACAGCGCCGACCUUGGGGCUGGUGCAUAGUACACCAGACGGAUGGGAGGAAACAGAACUUGGAAGAUCUAACUCUCAAUGCACCGCCCUGGCCCGGUACCAGAAUCCGCGUAUCCGACGACCGCCCCUCCAGCGCUGGCCCCGCAGCGGCGCACGGCCUGAGCCCCACGGGCCGGCGAGCCUGCCACCCGGGCGGAGAGCUGCCCGGCAAGAGGGGCAAUCUCAGAGGGAGCCUCGAGAGGAGUUGACUGAUUGGCUACAGGAACUAAAAUACCAGGCUCUACAGCUGGAACCACCCGGGGUAAGCCUUUCCCUCUGCUUCAAGCCAGCCACCGUGGUAGUUGGUCUUUGCCACCACUGAGCAACCUCUCGGCCUCCGGCGUCUCCUCAUCUCCACUCCAAGGUGUCACACCAGGGCAUGAACCCUUUUCACACCUCCUGGAACAUCACAUCGAAGGCCCAAGCCUGGCAGCCACCCCCCUCCUUGGUGUCCACCUAGCAGGGGGGACAUGAUGGAAGAACACGGAACUGGGUCCCCAGAGUGAUCAGGUCUCCGCAAGGGAUCCUAGGUGCUAGGAAGAGAAGCGGAAACUGGACCCCGAGCGACCACACUGGCCCGGUGGAGGGCCCCGUCAGGAUGCGGGAGUGCCAGGCAGUCUCGACGGUGGACUCUGGGUGCAUCAAAGACUCAUCACCCCACCGGCCUUUCUCCUACAGCCGCAGCUGGACAAACUCUUGGUCUCCACACUGGUCGAAUGUGUCAUUGAAGCCCUUCCCACAGUAGGUGCAGAGGUGCCUCUUGACGUCGUUGUGACACUUCAUGUGGCGAUUCAGCAUGCGCUGGUAGUGACAAACAGAACAGAAACCUCUUCCCUCUUCUGUCCUUCCAUAUCGGAUAGCGUGAGCGAAGCUCCUGGAAGUUGGAGCCUGGCCAAACGGCCUGCACAGGCAGCAGCCGAGGGAGGAGUGGUGACAGAUGUUUCCGGCAAGGCGGCGGCUGCAGCUAUCAUCGCCCGCCCACAGCUGCGGAGCACGGCAAGGCCACACCAGCCGGCCCUCUCCCUACUCCCUCGGGCCUUCACCGGUUCCCCUUCGGUUGGCCCAGCUCACCUCUGCUGGGUGAUGCUGAGGGCAUGGGCAGCUUUCCACCCAAGGGCCGGCUCCCCCCUUCUGGCCCCCAGCAAGUCCCCUCUGUUGCAGACGGCAAGCUGGCCAAAUACCGGACAGAGGGCCAGGUCCUACCGCUUGCCUGCCGGGCCUGGAGUCACGGCUGCUCCCUAGGGCGAGCAGGACUCUCCCUCCCCAGAAUGAUGAGGGCAAAUUCUCACCUGUGCCCUCCAGGUUUUGACCCGGACCCAACCAUCUUGGCCGAUCCUAUAGAGUGAGAGGUCUGCACAGCUCCCCUCACCUGGACAGCACCAGCAGGUGGCAGAGAGCACCCAGAAGCCCUUGCCCGUCACCUGAUGGGACAGCCCCUGGGAUGGAGGCCUCCCCCACCACUCCUGCAACGGCCACCAGAACUGUGGUGGGGAAAAUCACCAGGAUGCAAGGAAGUCAAUGAUUUGAACAAACGGAAUUUCUUUGUCCUUUGUAAAAGUCAACACAUGAUCUGUUACUGAUUGGGAUGUGAAAUAAAACUAAAAAUAACAGCACACCGAGUCUCGCAAGGCUCAGCUCACCUUUAACACAGUCCAAGUUCAGU